UCCAACAGCAAUCACAGCCGCCAGAUCUGUAUCUUACGGUCUGAAACAGAGAAAUUAGGAAAACCGUCGGAUCAAUUAAGGAGCUGAAAUGUACGGUUUAGAUUAGCUAAUCAGCGGCGGGCUGGGCUGCAAAACCAGCCUUUAAGUAGACGGUGGCAAUCAAAAAGAGACCCAACAAAGACAAUCUCGUAAGUAUUCUCUCUCUCUUUCUCUCUCCUUCAUCUCUCUGUUUCUCUCUCUAGCUUUACCCAAAUGUUGUGUUUUUUAAUUAUCUCACUCUCUUAUUAGCGGGCGGUGAAGAGGGUUUUUUGUUCUAGGGUUUGGUUUGCUCCUUGAUUUGGGGUCCUUGGUCUGACCCGAACCGAUAAUGUCUCAACCCUAUUUGGUCCCCUCAUGUUGGGAGAUCCAGGUUUUCAAUUGGAUUCUUCUUGAUUUUGCAUUUUAGUUCAACCAUUUUAGGUUUUUAAUUAUAAAGGUAGGAUCUUUUUUAUUUUAUUUAUUUAUAUCUAGGGUUUGUUUCUGAACGAAGGCAAUUUGAUUUGAGGUUAGGGUUUGUAUCUGAACGAAGAGGAUUUGAUUUGAGGUUAAAGGUAGGAUCUUUUUACAUUUUUUUAUCUAGGGUUUGUUUCUGAACGAAGAGAAGUUGAUUUGAAGUUAGGGUAUCUAUAAAUCUGUUAUUCUUUUUUUCUUCUUCCCCAAUUUGUUAAACUCUAAUCCAGAAUAAAGCAGUUUUCUUUGAUUUGAGUGUUGUUAUAUUAUUCUGAGUUUUCUAAAGGCAAAUCCUAAUAGAUUGAACAAAGGGGUGAAAACGACGAAUUGAUCGAACUCUGCAUUGGGAGAAAUGGUGGAAGUUGUUUUAUACCGGUGCUAUUGAUAUCUUUGAUAAUUGUUGACCUGGCGAGGAGGUCUAUUUGAUAGUUGUUGACCUAACAAGUUCUUGUGUAAUUUGAGUGGAUCAAAUGUUGAAAAGAAAUAUCUGAUAUGUUCAGAAUUGGGGAGGUAUUCACAUGGCACCUACUGUUCCAGUAGAUUACAUUGGACAGAGAGAAUCGAAGUUCUUUAAAAAGAAUUCAGGUGAUAUGACGGGAAAAUCACGCAAGGGUUUUAAAGGUUGCUUGCCUGGGAUUGUGCCUGAUUAUCGUAAUGCCGUCGAGACAAUGGCAGAAUCCGAGGGUUUCGGGAGCUCUGGACGGGUGGAUACUGAAAGGACAGCUUCGGAGGACUCUUGCGCACCUAAAAGAAAAUCCAUUUGUUUGAAUGCUGAUGGUCAUGACCGAUUUGGUGUACCUAUUCAAGUAAUGUCGUUGUCCAAGAUGUCACGAUCUGAGAGAAAAGGGUUGGGAAUUAGGUUGAGGAAUGAACUUGAACUAGUCAGGGGACUGCAGAAGAAAAUUGCUUCUGUCGGCUCUAAUAUUGGGGUUCUUUCACCUGCUAGCGAUAUUCAAAAUUGCACCAAUGGGCAGAGGAGAUCAGGGUCAGAGAUAUCUCAGCGAUAUAUGGCUGAAGCAGUGGUGCCUCCUGGGAAGAAAAAGGCUGCAGCAGGGAGAAAUGGGCCUCUUACUAAGGGUCCCGGAGCUAAGCGGCCUAAGUCAAUGCAACAGGCUGUGCCCUCAGAUACAAGCACUGUCAUGUUGAUGAAACAGUGCGAGACAGUGCUAAACAGACUGAUGUCGCAUCAGCAUGGUUGGGUCUUCAAUCAUCCAGUUGAUGUCGUAAAGUUAAAAAUCCCUGACUACUUCACUGUUAUUAAGCAACCAAUGGACCUAGGGACCAUCAGGUCAAAGUUGCAUUCGGGAGAAUAUUUGAGCCCUUUGCAGUUUGCUGCUGAUGUGAGGCUCACUUUUAAAAAUGCAAUGACAUACAAUCCGCCAGGAAAUGAUGUUCAUAUUAUGGCUCAAACACUUGGUAAAUUUUUUGAGGUUAGAUGGAAACCAAUAGAAAAAAAGAUACCUGUUAUUGAAGAGGAACCAUUACCUUCUAAGUCGAGCAUUAUCAUAGAAACUGAAACUGAUACUCCUCUAACAAUGCCGCCUUCAAAGAAGAAGAAAAUUGCUCCAUUGGAGAAUUGGGUUAAACCAGAACCUGUAAAGCGAGUCAUGAGUGAUGUUGAAAAACAUAAACUCACUGCCGAGCUUGAAGAUUUGCUGACCGAAUUACCUGAAAAUAUAGUUGAUUUCUUGAAAGAAAAAAGCUCCAACGGAAGUCAAGUCAGUGAAGAUGAGAUCGAGAUUGAUCUUGAUGCUCUUCAUGACGAUAUCUUGUACGAGCUACGGAAGCUUUUGGAUGAUUAUCUACUGGAAAAACAGAACAAUCAGGCAAAAGGUGAACCCUGUGAGAUGGAGCUUCACAAUGAGUCUGGAUUCAGUAAUUCAUCCAUGCAGCCAUUUAAAGGAAAUGAUCCGGCAGAUGAGGAAGUGGAUAUCGGUGAGAAUGAUCCACCUGUUUCAAGCUUCCCUCCUGUGGAGAUUGAGAAUGAUAGAGCUCGCAGGAGCAAUAAAUGCAGUAGUUCAAGUAGUUCGAGUGGUGAUUCUGGCUCUUCAUCUAGUGGUACAGACUCCGGAAGCUCAUCUGGUGGUGAAUCGGAUGCUGAUAAAGAUUCAGUUGCCUUAACUGUUCAGAAGGCAACAGCGGCUUCUGGGGGGAGAUUGGAGCUGGAAGAUGAGCUUGACCUUCCAGAAACUACAGAUUCCUUGGCUGGUCAAACAGUGCUGACUUCUCAGCAGAACUCCAAUUUUACUGAGCCCGGUGAUCAUCGAGAGGAGGAGAGUGCUGAACCUGAGAGGCAAGUCUCUCCUGAGAAGCUUUACCGUGCAGCUUUGUUAAGAGGUCGCUUUGCGGAUAUCAUACUAAAAGCUCAGGAGAAGAGCAUUGAAAAGGGUGAAGUGCGGGACCCUGAAAAGCUAAAGCUUGAGAGAGAGGAAUUUGAAAGGCGAAGGCGAGAAGAGAAAGCUCGCUUGCAAGCUGAAGCUAAGGCUGCUGAAGAGGCUCGUAAAAGAGCUGAGGCAGAAGCUGCUGCAGAAGCCAAAAGGAAACGGGAACUUGAAAGAGAAGCUGCCCGUCAGGCACUCCAGAAGAUGGAGAAGACUGUUGAAAUCAAUGAGAACAGCAGAUUUAUGGAAGAUCUGGAAUUGUUCAGAGCUGCUCCAGAUGAACAGCUAGAGAGCUUCAUUGAGGAUUCUAGUCCUGGUCAUUCUGAGAAUGUUCUUGGGAGUUUCAAAUUUAAGGCAAGUAGUAAUCCGUUGGAGCAACUUGGAUUAUAUAUGAAGGAAGAAGAUGAAGAGGAGGAUGAAGAAGCUGAACCACAUAGCAUCCCUGAUGUAUCAAAUGAUCCUGAGGAAGGAGAGAUUGAUUGAUAUCUCUUUAAUACUUUGUCCAAUUGGCAAGUCGAUGCGGGUGAUUUUCUUCAGAAUCCUUGCUUGGUGGUUUAAUUGAACUCUCAUUUUGUCGUCUCAGGGUGGACUCUGUGGAAAAAAAUAGUGGGGAUACACGAGUGAAGUCAUGACCUAGGGUCUCUUUAAGUUGAUGCAAGUGUCCUCCAGCUCGGAUACUUCAGAAGAGACUUGUCUGUCCAACAUAGCUAGCCAUCUUAUAUUAAUAUUUCAGAUUCUUUUGCUCGUGUAUAAGCUGGGAUGACAUAAGUUGGUUAUCUGUCCAGUGGAAGUAAAACAGUUUUGUUACAUAGUUUAGUACUAGAUUGCUGCUCGUGUUGUAGUAAAAGGAAAAAAAUGUUGUUAAAAGGUGCGUUGGCUUUACCGUCCCCAA